AUGGGAAAGGGGAGAAACAUUCAAGGGAGGGGGUCAGGGGUAGAAGGGAAUUCAAGAAUAGAAAAUGGACAGAAGAUUUGGGCUUAUGAGGUAUUUCCAGCGUUGGCUGCACUACAUUUGGUGGUGCACGAACAUAAUGCCUACAUCCCUCGUAUACUACAUUGGAGGAGCAACACUUUGCCGCGUUUUUAUGAGCUCAUGAGCCAAGUCUUCGAAAACCGUGAGGUUGAUGUGCAACUUAUCCGGCCAUCUGUAAUUGACAAGCAGCAGCGUAUUGGACUUGGGGUGACAGUGUUGACAACACUGAAGAACUUGUUGAGUUGGUUGGCGAUGACGCUGAACAAAAAACCAGCACGUCUGCCUCUGUAG